CCUUGCAGAACUCGGGCCCAGUACGCGCUUGACCACGCUACGGAGAGGAUCCCGUUCGCUUCAACUCGUUCCAACUACUUUCAUCAUGCCCAACUGUCCAAAGUGCGACAAACCUGUCUACUUCGCCGAGAGGAAGACUUCUUUGGGCAAGGAUUGGCAUGGCGCCUGUCUGCGAUGCGAAAAGUGUAACAAAACCUUGACACCUGGCAGCCACGCGGAGCACGAAGGCAAACCAUACUGUAAUCAUCCAUGUUACGCUGCCUUGUUUGGUCCUGGAGGUUUUGGCCGAGGGGGUGCAGAGAGUUACGUUUACAAGAAGUGAAGAGGACUAUUCGACGUUACAUACUUAUUGUUAAUAAAUUCGCGUUACCUAUUGUUUAGGUGUUACAUUUAAUUGUAGACAUUUACCUGUGUAUAAAAGUGAGUUUACACAUGAGAGAUGUGAGGGAUCUAUUAUGAAAUAAAUUAAAAAUUAGUAAAUUCAGUUUCCAAUAAUUGCAUCCAAUGGAUGUUUCUUUUCGACAUCGUCAGUGUGUUAUACUAUGAUAUGAACAUUUUGUACAAUAUCCCAACUGAUGAUUUUGUUAAAUAAAUACUUGUACCGAUAAAA